GCCGUCAGCUGGACUCCACACUCGUUCUGCCCAUGGCGUGUUUGGAGCAGCCGGACCGCCUCUGUGUGCGCAUGUAGCCGAACCCGCUGCUUCGUGUCUGUCUGUGCGUUUUCGUUUCGACCAUGUCCGCAGUGAAAACGGGUUUCAGGCUGCUGCUGUUCGCCGCAGUCACCGUCCUGGCCGUGCUGCUGCUGCGGCACUGGAUGGCCACCAAGCAGUACGUUUUCAACAAAGAAGACGUCGCCAAAUUGGCCAAACAGUACGCAGGACAGGACCACGAGCAGGCUUUCUCCAAAGUGGUCGUGGAGCUCAGGAAGAGGUAUCCCGGCCACAUCCUGCCAGAUGAGGACCUGCAGUGGGUGUUUGUGAACGCUGGAGGCUGGAUGGGCUCCAUGUGUCUCCUCCACGCCUCCCUCACAGAGUACCUGCUGCUGUUUGGCACCGCCGUGGACACAGGAGGACACUCAGGUCGUUACUGGGCAGAGAUUUCCGACACUAUCAUCUCUGGCACCUUCAGACAGUGGAAGGAGGGGACGACCAAGAGUGAAAUAUACUAUCCUGGCGACACUAUCGUACAUGCUGUCGGAGAGGCCACGUCGGUCCAGUGGAGCGCCGGCACAUGGAUGGUGGAGUACGGCAGAGGUUUCAUCCCCUCCACGCUGGGCUUUGCUCUCGCAGACACCCUGUUCAGCACCCAGGACUUUGUCACCAUGUUCUACACUGUGCACGUCUACGUCAAGGCUCUGCUGCUCGAGGCUGGUACACUACUGACAGAGGCUGGAGCUUUCUGAGUCGUGGUAGAGGCUCAGACACGUGGACAGGAACAUCGUAAAGUUCACCGUGUCACGCCAUUUUGUCCAUGACUGCACUGGGGGAGGGGAGGGGGGGAUCUGUGCCGACGAUUCUAAGUGCAAAUAUUAAAUGUUUUUUACCUGAAAUUGUAGACAAUCCAAAUUUGCAUCAUUAGGGUUAACCUCAUCUUCAUUCAGGUUCUUGUUAAACUGUUUAACUCCACCUCAGCCUGAAGUCUUAACGUGUCCCACAGGACUGAUGUACGACUAGCCAAAAUCACACGCAUUGUGAAACAAGCCGUGACCCAUUGCCCAGAUUUUGGCAAUGAGACUCUGCAUCUUACACCACUCAGUAAGCAUUCCUGUGAGAGCUCAGACUGCCGCAAGAGUCACUGACGUCUUCAUAUUCUGUUUGUGAUCUGGCCUUACAGCUGCUUUUGUCAAAUCUAAAAUUCACAACAUUAAAAAAAUAGUCACUAUAUGCAAGCAGCAUUAACUUCUUUUCAGCAACCAGUGAUAUGAACAAACAAGUUCAGAUUUUAAAACUCAGUGGGUUUUGAUCAUUGCACAUUUUUGGACCAAGGAAUUACUUUUAAAAACAGAUAUGCAAAGCUUAAUUUGGCAUAUAGAGCAAACAAAAACAUAUAUAAUGCACAGCAAAAGCUACUAUUUUCUUAUUAGACAUCCAUUUCUUUUGUAUGCAUGUGGAUUCUCUGCACACGAGGGUCCUGACUUUAGCUUUAAGAAGAUCAGACUCAUCAAACCACUCCUAGAAACCAGCAGGAAGCAGAGAAGACAUUUCCUCAUUCAUAGCCGACCUGUUUGCACUAUAUAUAUUUUUUAAAAAUGUUAAAAACUUGAGAGGAUAUGCUGAAGAAAACUGCCUGGAUGAUGCGUGUUGUAGUGUCCCAGCUCAGAGUCUUGUCGGCUGAGGGACAGCUUGUGGGUUUAUUUUUCUAGUCACUGUCUUGGUGUGUGCUUGUCGGCUUCAGAGCUACAGCAGCAGCAGAUUUAACUUAAAUGGAGCAACUUGCACACUUCUCUUCAAAUGCCAAUUUUUUUGGACUAGAUAUUUAAAAUGAAUUCUAUCCUAAUCUGGUAAAACUACUAAACUGUGCCCCUGUGAGGUUUUUUUUUAACUGUAAAGGAGGACACGUGUUUGUAGAGAGCAGGACGUCUGAUGACAUGUUACUUUGGAAAACACUGAUAUUGUUCAAACUGCUUUUGUUCUUUACUGUAAUCGUUUCAUUGGAAACGUUUCUGACUCAAACAUACUGUGGAGAUCAACUUGAAUGAUAUCGGACUCGGCUCCUCGGCAGCUUCUGUUCAUGGUGUGGGGUUUAGCGCUGGCCCAACAGAGGGGGGAAAACACAAUCCUAAUAUCAUGCCAAACACUACAUGUGUUUUUCCUGUUGGAGUUCUACGGUACAAAGCUGCUGUAUGUGCAAAUAUAACAGCCUCAUGUUCAGACUGAAGACAAAAUCAUUUAAGGUUUCUGCUGAACUGAAGGCAUACUGUAACUAGUGGUAAUGAGUUUCCAUCGAGCUGCGUCCGUGCCGUGUGGUCUCAGACGGAUGGUGAAAUAGUAAAUGUAUUACUGUGCCAGAUGUGCAAUUCACUGGGGGUAAAGAUUGAAACUGACAGUGCCAGAAGAAAUACAUGUUUUUUAAAUAAAAUCAUAAACGCCUG